CCUGUUUUUCAACGGUUCUUUUUGAGUUUUCUAGCAUAAAAGGAUGGCUUUUUAAAGGGCUGUAGGCCAUUUAUUGGAGUAGAUGGUUGCCAUCUCAAAGGGCAAUUUGGUGGAGUGUUGUUGACUGUAGUAGGUGUGGAUGCAAAUAACAACAUUUUCCCAUUGGCUUUCUCUGUGUAUGAAAGGAAAAACUAUGACAGUUGGAUUUGGUUUCUCAAUUUGAUAAGUGAGUACAUAGGAGUCCAUGAAACAAGAAGGAUUUGUUUCAUGUCUGAUAGACAGAAGGGUUUGUUGAAGGUAAUUAAUGAGGUUUUCCCAAAUGCCUUCAAUCGAUAUUGUGCAAGGCAUAUAUUUGCCAACUUCAAGUCUCAUUUUCCUGGUGUUAAGGUCAGGAACUUGUUUUGAGCAGUAUCUAGGUAAACAAAUAUUAAAGAUUUUAAUAUUGUAAUGGAGGGUAUCAAGGCGGUUGAUUAGGUUGCAUAUACUUGGUUAAAGGACAUUCCAGUGGAUACUUGGAGCAAGCAUGCAUUUGGGACUGAUGUUAAAGUGGAUCAUGUAACUAACAACCUUACAGAAUCGCUUAAUAGUCAGAUUGAUAGUAUUAGGAGCAAACCGAUUAUGCAAUUGGUUGAAAGCUUGAGGAGAAAAGUAAUGAAAAAGUUUAGCAAAAGGGAACAAAAACCUAAGGACUGGCUGACAGAUCUUCCUCCAUCAGUUCAAGCUAAGGUCAACAAAUUCCAAAGGGAAGGGAGGCACAUUCAGGUUAUUCAUACUGGAAAUUCAGAGUUUGAGGUUUUGCAUGAAUCUGUUACAGUUUUGGUGGAUUUCAACAAGGCCACAUAUGACUGUGGAGUAUGGCAACUAUAUGGAAUUCCUUGCAAACAUGCCAUAGCAUGUAUCACUCACUUGGGAGUCAGCCCUAUUCCAUACGUUUCCAGUUGCUUGUCAAAGGAAGCAUAUAUGUUGACCUAUAUAGGGAAGAUUCAUCCAAUACCUAAUGAAUCAUUCUGGCCACAAAUGGAAGGUGACAAAGUCCAUCCCUCUGCAAACAAAAGGAAGUCUGGCAGACCCAAACUUGCAAGGAGAAGGGAGUCCGAUGAGCCAGCCUCACAUAAAAGAUCAUAUGUUCUAAAGUGUGGGGUUUGCAAAGCCAUGGGUCAUAACAAGAGGACAUGCCCAAAGGUUCCUUUACAUGCAAAGAAGAAGAAAAAAAAUCAGAGGGUACUGCUAGAGGUGAAGGAAGCCUCAUAAAUGCCUAGGAACAUCCAACAGUUGAUGCCCAGAAAAAAGAAAAGGUUGUGUGGUUUUUUUUUUUUUUUUUUUUGGGUCAAGAUGAUAAAUAAAUUAUUUUCUUGGCUUUGUGUAUUAAUUUUUGUUACUUUGUUUGAUAAAAGGAACCUGCUGGAGUUGAUGUUGCCCAAGGAACUUCAUAGGUAUAUAUUGCUGCCCAGGAAAAUAUACAGGGAACUUCUUCAUCCCAACCUCAAGGCUCAUCAUCCUAACCCAAUGUGACCCGAGUCCUUUGGUUUUCUCAACCAUAGCCACUACAGCAAGUCCACAGCAACAAGUUCAGUAAUAUUUUGAUAAAUAGUUAUGGAAUUUGAUAUCGGGAUGUACAUUGGGGGCUUUAGUACAUUUAAAUGCUUUUUGGAUGUAUUGAGGAAUGCAAUUUGCGGUUGAAAUGAUGCAAAUUGUUUCUUCAAUACAGGUUAGUUAUAGGAAUAUUUUGAUAGGUGUACAUGGUGACUUUCAUCAAGCAAAUGUACAUGAAGGCUAGGGUACAUAUAGUGCAUAGCACAGAGGGCUGUGUCACCUCUGUUUUUUUUUUUUUUUUUUUUUUUUUGAGACACAGCACACAUUUAGAUGUGUGCAAAAUAUUAGUCUAAUAGGAUUGCAACCCUGUUACUUUUUGUAUAGCCAAUGGCUCUUAUGACGCUUUGAAAUAUAUUUUGUUACACCUGAAAAUUUAAUGA